AUGGAAGCCAAUCGAGCCAAAAGCAGACGUAGCUAUAGAAGACAUAAAUUAAGCAUCGGGGCUAAGAAGGUGGUACGGUAUCGUGCAGAGACAAGAGGCCAUAACAGACUGAUACCAGGAGCCUCGCGGCGCAGGGGGCCACUUGGCCUUGACCCUGAGACGAUUCCUGAAUGGUUGGCCUUAGUACAACAGGUAUCAGAUAAAUUCCAAGCGGUGACAAAACCCUCCACGCGAGCAUACGUUGAACGACUAUACCAACGAUAUGCCAUUAGCCGGAGAAAGGACAUACUCAGUGACGCAGUGCUCGAGUUCACUGGCUUGCAAAAAACCAUUCAACGCUGUGAAGCAGGGCUACUACAAUUAGUAGGUGUGGCAAAUGAGUAUAGAGCAGCAGAAAGUGUGGGGAAGCAGGUUCAUGAGGCGCUGCAGUGUGUCGAUGACAUCAUUUGCAAUUCCUUAUGUGGAUACAGUGAGGUUGUAGAUAUGUACCGGGCAUCUCAGCUGAUGUUCCAGUCGCUCGAGUAG